AAAUAAAUCCAUUACCGCAUGUGUCAAAUUUGUUUUCAAAUUUUUAAAUAAUUUGUAGUGUUUGAAAGUGAUCGAAUUGAGAUAUUUUUUAUUUACCGUUUGAGGUUAUGUAUGCAUCAUUUUGACAGUCGGCUUGUUCGUGUUUUAUUGAGGAAAGUUAAAAGGAUUUGUGGGAAAAAGAGAGGAGCUUUUGGUCAAAAUGAUAAAUGCAGUAUCAUGGAAGGCCCAACAGCGGCCGAGGCCGAUGACCACCUGGGCUUAAACAAACUACACCAACAACCCUCACCUCCAGAUUGGCAGCCAACAUCCACCACCAACAGCACCACCACCAACAACAAUAACAACCAUCAUCACCUCUACAAAAACCACCAGAACAACAUCGACCACAAACUAUUGGUGCACGUCAACAGUUGCCAACUGGUGGACGGCGACCAGGAACUGACACUGAACCACCAGGAGACCACCAAUAGAUUAGGCUUAGAUUUUAGGAUUGAUGAAACUAGGGCUGUUAAUGGUGACGGCAACACGGUGAUAGAUGGUUCUGAAGGGCUGAAGGGAGGAAAAUUCAAGGCUGUGAUUGCUGGAACAGCCGGAGAUAGGAGCAGAUUUGCUCCGUAUCAUAACCAAAGGCACUACAGGGUAAGGGUAAUAGAUAGAGUAAUAGAUAGAUAG